CACAGCCCCGUGGAGCCGGGGCUCUCAUUCACAGCUUUCUAGAGAAAUCUGAGCCCGAACCUGCCAGAAUAGGGGAUCUCACCCACUCAGCUCAGCAGCGAGGACACCUGCAGAAACACAUUCCUAAAGCAAGGCUGAGCGGCUGUGUGAAGUAAGAAAUGGUCUCAGCUUUGCUUCUUUUUUGGAUGGCCACCACCACCUAAGACCUGAAUGUCCUACUGCUUUCCAAGAACAGAAAGAAGACUUUCUAUUUGUUUGUUUCUGUGGCAGCUUGGUAGUAACAAAACUGUUGAAUGGGCCCCGAUUUCGGCAGACCGUCAGGUGAAUGGGACCAGUCUCCCUUCUUCCAAAAUAUCAGAAAUUAAGCACGUGGAAAGGAGAUUCAGCCAAGAUGACCCAUUUACAGGCCGGACUCAGUCCAGAGACUAUAGAGAAAGCUCGCCUGGAACUGAAUGAAAACCCAGAUGUCUUACAUCAGGAUAUCCAGCAAGUCAGGGACAUGAUCAUCACCAGGCCUGACAUUGGGUUUUUACGUACAGAUGAUGCCUUCAUCCUGAGAUUUCUCCGAGCCAGGAAGUUUCACCAAACAGAUGCCUUCCGACUCCUGGCCCAGUACUUUCAGUACCGCCAGCUGAACCUGGACAUGUUCAAAAACUUCAAGGCUGACGAUCCCGGCAUUAAGAGGGCUCUCAUCGACGGCUUUCCUGGAGUCCUGGAAAACCGUGAUCACUACGGCAGGAAGAUUCUUCUGCUGUUUGCAGCCAAUUGGGAUCAGAGUAGGAACUCCUUCACCGACAUCCUCCGAGCCAUCCUGCUGUCCCUGGAGGUCCUUAUCGAAGAUCCAGAGCUUCAGAUAAAUGGCUUCAUUUUAAUUAUAGACUGGAGUAAUUUUUCCUUCAAACAAGCCUCCAAACUGACCCCUUCAAUCCUCAAACUGGCUAUUGAAGGGCUGCAGGACAGCUUUCCUGCCCGCUUCGGAGGAGUCCAUUUUGUCAACCAACCCUGGUACAUUCAUGCCCUGUACACGCUCAUCAAGCCAUUCCUUAAAGACAAGACCAGGAAGCGGAUUUUCCUGCAUGGAAACAAUUUAAACAGCCUUCACCAGCUAAUCCACCCCGAAUUUUUGCCCUCUGAAUUUGGAGGAACCCUUCCUCCUUAUGAUAUGGGAACUUGGGCCCGGACGUUACUUGGUCCAGACUACAGUGAUGAAAAUGACUAUACUCACACUUCCUACAAUGCAAUGCACGUGAAACACACAUCCUCCAAUCUGGAGAGAGAAUGCUCCCCCAAGCCGAUGAAGAGAUCUCAGUCUGUGGUAGAAGCUGGGACCCUGAAACAUGAGGAGAAGGGAGAGAAUGAGAACACUCAGCCACUCCUGGCUCUGGACUGAACCCCGAGUCACCCCAUGCUCUCGCAGAUCGCCAGCCUUCAGUGGUAUCAGCCACCCAGGAAGCACAUGAGCAACUGACCCACACAGACACGUGCGUUCCGCUUGACACAAGGCCCUCUACUUCUGCCACUUCUAGUAAUAACUGUCACCAGCCAUUGGUCUGAGCUGCCAAAGUUUGAACAAGGACUUGAGAGAUGCUUUUGGUUUUGUUUCUUUCAGCGAGGGGACUGGAGGUGAAGCAAGGCAGUCAUGUAAACAUGAUUCUUCCUCCCCCAUAUUUAUGGUAUUAAAUGAAUUGAAAAAAAGAAAAACUAAAUUUGAUGCACACAUUUGAUGCAAUUUGAUGCAUUCGUACCAGGAUUUUUCUGAGGUACCGCAGAGACCCUCUCCAGGUUUUGUGGCUUAAGAUUAAGUGCAUUUCCAAGUAGAUACAUGAGAAUGAAACUGCAGACCCAAUUGUCAAGCUCAAUGUAGUGCAAAGCCCCAAGACAGUAGUAUCUCCAGGAAUUUCCAUUCUUAUUGAAUUAUUUUCUUUGACCUCAUCACCAGCAUUGAAUUGUUCCGCCCAAGGGCAUGUUCUUAUAGGUCUGGCUCUUUGCAGAGUUUGCUUAUUUUGAGAUCCUGCAAGAAUUAUUUUGACGUCACAUCUUUUGUCAGGCUACCAGCUGAUUACCAUGAUCUGACUUUAAAAGAAGACACACACAACUUGAAAUACGAUUAUUUCAUCUUAAUAAUGUGACUUCCUACAGGCAACAUGAGAUUGCGGAGCAGGGGCAGGGCCUCAUCGAAAACACAUGUCAGUGAUUAAUGGCUCCAUUCAAAUUGCCUCACUUGGGUCACUACAGGCAAGAAAAGUGCUACAAAAGCAUUUAACUCCCCCACCCUCCCACAACCAGCUAAAGGUAUGGAGAAAGGAGCUGGCUGUUGCCGAGAGGGUAGGUACCAAUCAUGGAGGAAGACCCUUAACGAUGGCUAAAUAUGCAAGUACCGACCAUUAGAGAUUAGGAAUGCGGGAUAAAAUGCCAAAGAUCAUUUUAUUUCUUUGUCUAUUCUCCUUAGAAAUGGAGUCCCCAACUAUCCAUUCAAAGGAAAUUAAAUAAACAGAUAACACAGGAUAAGAUAUCCUUACUUGUGCCACGUUUCCCGAAACCAGUUGUGUGUUUUAAGGCAUCUCUUAUCUUCCCAGCCAUCCAUAUGACAUGGGCAUUUAUCAGUAGGACCAGUUGGUGCUCAAUGUCAAAUAAAAAAUAUUUUAGUUGAUAAUGGGCAGAAAAAUAUGAUUUUAUGUUUUCAGGAUUUGGGAGGGUUAGCUAAAAAAUUCAGAGAAAAGAGGUGAUUCGACUGGCCAUAAUCACCCUCAGUAGAUAUUAUUACUAAUCUUAACCAUUUAUUACAUCUCUUUCUCAAUGAAUCUAGUGUUUUAAUUUUUUUUUCUACUGGCAGAGGAGAAUAAGAGAAGUAAUUUUUGUAUUCCACCCUUGAAAUAAAAUUGAAAUAGAAUUAAAAAUAUUUCUCAACCGAUUGUAUCAUGGUAUAAAUAAAACCCAUUCAUUUUGUGUAGACAUUUCAAAUAACAAAAUAGUAACCUUGAGAUAAUUCUACCCAUGCGGUGACUGAAACACUUUUCUUAUAUUCCAUGACACAGGGAAGAAAGAUAAAGAAUUAAAGUGAAUUAGAAAAUCCAUUUUAUGACUUGGGUUUAUAAAAUAGUUGUGGGAUCCAAGUAUUUAAAAUGCUAUUGGAGUUGAUUAUUGCCAACACUUUGCAACAGUAAUAAUUCUGGCUUUUCAAUUGGCAAUAUUUAGAAUCCUACUGUAGUGACCUGAUUUUAAAUACCAUAUUAUAAUUAUUAAGUUAAGAGCUAGUUUUUACUCUAUGCCAUGAUUUCAUUAAAUGAAUGUAAGAUGAUGGUUUAACAUUGACAACUUAUACUUUAAAUUUCUUUACAAAGUGUAUGCAAUAUACAUCCAAGAACCAAAUUCAAUAAGUGACAUGGAUGUUAUUACAUGAGCAUUGGAUUGUAUUGUCCUUUGUCAGUCAUUUCUUCUGUUCAAUAAAUACUGAAGGACACAACACCUUUUGAUUUUUCAAGAGAUUGCUUUUUCUUCUGGACUUUGGUAAUUAAUUUGGAGACUUUCCUCACAUGCUUCUUCAUCUAUAUUAGUGGGAUUGUUUUUGGCAAAACAGAAGGGAACAGGACAAAUAUUUUGCAAACCCUUCUAAAUGGAAGCUAAUGUCAAGCAAAAAGGGUACCUUUCAAUGGUAAAGAACUCUUUUUAAAAGAGAUAGAGAAAGCAUCCUCCUUUGUCCUUAGAUGGAAAGGAAGCACAAGUGUUUUUUUCUACCCCUGAAUGAAAUCUGGUAAACUCUGUGUCAUUUUUUCAGUAUUUUUGUUCAUAUUGGCUUAAAAUUCAGGUGCAUGAAUAGCCUUACAUUCAUAUAGCUAACAUUUCUAGUUUGAUUGGAAACAUGCAAUAUUUAAUACAUUAAUGCCCCUCUAAAUUAAUAAUUUGAUUGUCUUUGGAAUAAGUAGGCAAGACCAUUUUUUCAACUGUUAUUUCUAUGCUGUGGAUAAUAUUAAAGCUAAACUAUGGAUAACAACUGCUACUUCUAAGCUAUAUUUAAAUGGCAGAAGCUUCUCAAGCCAGGGAAAUGGAAGAGUCUUCCAAACUCUUUCAAAGAAGGGGGCAAUCCUAAACCCAGGACUAAGACCCUGGCAUUCUUGGUCUUCUGCUCUGCCAUCCUUCAUAUUUUUACAAAGCUGUGAUGGGGAUCCAUGUAAGGACCUCCUCGCUCACAGGGAUCUACAAUAGGCAAAGAGACUCUGGAUUCCAGCCCUGUCUCAGAUGCCAAAGAGGCCAAUGAGCCAGAUGUCUAGCAGCUACCUAUCUACCUGACCCUGAGAGAAAAUUUUUACUUUGAGAAAUGUUACUUUUUUUUUUUCACGUUCUAAUUCUUGGCAUUAAAAAAAAUUACAGGUGGCACUUUUAUGACUCAAGAUAAAAUGACUCCAUGUCCUGUUUCAGGAUGAAAAGCUCCUCUUGGAAA